AUGUCUUCAGAAUACGAACAUAUGCCGAGCACGGAUUGGGACACUUCUUUUCGAUCUCUGUCCGCUGAUGAGAAAAUACUGCUGUACCUGCUUGCCUUCUUCGAUCCCAACUCGAUACCGGAAUGGCUACUUUCCAGCCCGAAAGUCAAUUUUACAGAUCCAAGUUUGGAGUUCUUGUCAAAUAAUCUUUGGGGUGCUGUUACGGGUCUAAUAGACGCAUCGCUCAUUGUUCGAUCACCCGAACUAGAAGUAAUUACAUUGGACCGACUCACGCAGUCUACUGUAUUCUGGGCUUUGCCUGAGGCAGGAAUAUCAACGUACUUGGACUGUGUAAUUCAACUGGUGUCUUCCGGUUUCCCAAACUCGUGGAAUGAAAGGACAAAUGAGCAAGGUCACGGAUGGAAAUCAUGGCAAAGCUGCAACACACUUUUGCCCCAUGUCACCAGGCUUAUGAAUCUAGCUGAGACGCAUUCUCUCAAGCCUACCAACAUAGAGCUCUUUGCAGAGUUGAUUUUCCGUGCUGGAACAUACCUUUGGGAACGCGAGCAACCAACGAAUGCGCGCUACUUCGUCGAAUAUGGUCUCUCACUUGACCUCAGUCAUUCCAUUCGAUCUUACGCACAUGCUUGUCGGCUUCUGGGCCACAUUGCUUUAGACUUGGCACAACCAGAGUCUGCGUUAAGUGCCUAUCAGGAGGCAUUGAGAGCAAUAGAACAAACAGAGGAAGAAAACUCUCCUCCUAUUGCAGACGUGUACGACUCGAUCGCGUGCAGCUAUACCGAGCAAGGAAUGGUCACCGAAGCAUUUCGAUAUCUUUCAAAAGCGGCAGCUAUCCACAAUGCCCACAACCCGCUUCACAUGGCCCGAACAUACGCGAUCUACGCCAUGACACACCUCCGAGCGGAACAACCAGACGAGGCACUAGUGGCACUGAAGAAAUGCUGGCAACUUCAAAACUUGACUGAAGAACAGAUCAUUGAGUCCAGAUACCCCAAGCACAGUGGAGAUAUUGUUCUUCUGGCGAGGAUCAAGUAUGCUCAAGGGUUGAAACACGAGGCCCAGCAGCUUGCUUCUAGAACCAUUUCCAUUCGCAGGGGACUUUACGGCGAUAAAGGACCUAGAGUGGCCGACUCUAUGUUUCUAGUUGCUCGGAUGUUGUUAGCCAGUGAUGAGAAUAUUUCAGCUGCAAAAAUGCUCCGCACGAUUAUUGACAUGAGCCGAGGUGUGUCUGAAAUGCAGGGGCAUCUCGCUCGAGCCUUGUGGUUUCUUGGGAUUGCAGAGCGUCGAUUGGGUGACGCUGUUUCUGCUGAGAAGCUCAAAGUUGAAGCUCUGAAUGAGCGCAAUAAGCUUGGUGAAAGGUGUAAUCUUGUUGAGGAGACUGAUCACUGUUUCGAGAGUCUGGUUGGAUGGAUGCUAUGGUAG